AGUCGCAAGAAUAUCACUUAAAAAAAGUUUUACAAGAUUACUAAACUUUUAUCGCGCAUAUAAAAUCUAUAAUUUUGAUAAUUUAUAUUUUAUAUGUUAAGUAAUAACAUAGUAAUAACAUUCUGAUAUCAGAACUGCAAAAAUUUAUUUUUGAGCAAAUUUAUCAGUGAUGUAAAUCGCAAAUUUUACUAUAAAAUCUAAAUAGAAUCAUACCGGAAAUUAACGCUGAUAUUACCUUUUCUAAUCCCGUCUAAUCAUUAUAUUCAUUCUAUUCUCCACAUCUGCUUCAAUUCAGCCAUUUUAACAUCAUAGUGUCCAAUCAUUUUAUUUAAAUCUAUUUUCCCAAUUUAUAAGACAUUUGUGUUUUAUACUUAACUUCAUUUAUGUUGUGUUAAUUUCAGAGGACAUGUCGCUUAUUUUGGCAAUACCGGGAAUAUUGCGAUGCGAGGGUCAUAUACGAUCAAAAAUAAGAACUAAAAUAGGUUAUAAUGCACCCGAGAUAAACGAAAGUAAACACAGAAAAAGUGACAAGGAUUUCUUCCUGAUGUGUCGUUUUAUAGGAUUAUUCAGAAGUGUAACGUACCCGAGUUCAUAUAUAACCACUGCUGAUGACAAUGAUGGAACUUGUAAUCUGAAAGCUAUAGACAAGAGUGCUAGCACAUACAGAUUAAUUGAAGGCAUAAUUUGGGAAGUAAACGCUAGCAAUAAUCUCCUAACUCAGCCACUUUCUGAUCAGUUACAAUAAUUUGAAUUACGAAUCAUUAGGAUUGACUUAUUUUACAAGUCUAAGUACUGCUAUUAUUAUAUUAAAAUAUUUGUACAUACUACACUGAUAUCCAAAUUGUCAUUAAAUUUAAUAAUAAACAAUUUGAAUCACGAUUUU